UCUGUUGUUGUUCUCAAACCGUUCUCUUCGUCUCUCUUUGUUCUCUCUGUUCUCUCUCUGUUCUCCGUGUUCUUCUCGUGUUCUCCAUGCCCUUAAGCUGGGAGAACAGGGUAUUUAAAAGGCGUUGGAGAUAUUAUUGAUGUGAGCCAGCCGAGGGAGCAUGGGCGAGGUGCAGCUAUGGGUGCGGCCGGAGGUGAUGGAGCUGGGCGUGCUCCCCGUCCUGCCGCCAGACAAAAUCUCAAUGGAGAUGCUGUCACGACUGCUGCAGUAUGCACGAGACCUGGGAGAACGGGGCUACCCAAAAAUGAGCUAUGACACCUGGAAACACAUAGCAGUCAAAAAGAUGGGCCUGUCGGUGGAGUGCAGCAUGGUGGUGUUCUUCUCGUGCCUACUGUUCUCCAAGCUGCAGCCGGGACGGGACAAGGAGCUCGAGGCGUCGCUGUCGUCGGCCGGCUCGCAGAAGGAACGAGAUGAAGUAAUGGGAGAUGUGGAUGUGUGGACAAUGGAGUUGAUAAUUGUGUUGUACCUUCACCGUGUAACAAGCGCUCACCCUCGUGCCGUCGCCAGACAAGCCUCCCUGCAGUCGCUAACCACAGAUCCGUAUCCUUGUCAUAGAUGGCCCAAUAACAAUAGCACAGGGACCUCUCGAAAGCAGUUACUCGAAGAGAAGCACUCGGAGUUCGUACGGGAGGCGCUGCCGGAACUCCUGAGCCUCUUAGCCGGGCAUUUACAAGUAGAAGACACGGAGAAGAAAAAGAAAACAGGAGAUAAACGCACAGCAAGAGAACUGCUUGGUUUUAUGAAAUCAGCAGGUGUCUUGUCUGUGGAUGUAGUCAACUCGCUUUCCUUCAUCCUGGGAGCUUCUGUGCAGGGAGAAAAAACAGAGAGAGACUUGUUAUCCGUGGCCACAGAUGCCAAUAAUUGCUAUAGAUCUGGAUAUCUCAGCAAAAAAAAUGCCUUCCAAAAGGGUCUGUUUGAGCAGUGGUUACUGAGAGGGCUGGACUGGGCACCACACGGGGAGUGGCUCUGUGUGCGUCGAGGGUGUAGACAAUCAUGGCCAGUCGUCUCUUUAACCCAACCUUCCCAUCAUAGGCUUGUAGCUUCUCCAGCACCAGGUCACAGACUCAUGUACAUAUGUGAAUUGGUGGAUGGCAUGACAGCCUACAUGGGUGAAGAAGCAACGUAUACAGAUCUGAAAGUGCGGCGAUGUUCUAAAUCAAAUAUAUUUGUCCUCCAACCCCUUAGACAUGCAGUUAUCCACAAAUGCCAUGACACCCGAGUUGUGCUUGGGCCCGUGGCAGGACGCGUUAAGUUAAGUGAAUGUCGUAACACUGUUGUUGUGUGUGCAGCAAGGUCCCUGGUCAUAGCAGAUUGCCGGGGCAUUGUAAUACACACAUUGUCUCCCCAGAGGCCAUUACUUGUAGGAGGGCGCACACAGGGUGUGACUGUAGCUCCCCUGAAUAUCCACUAUCCUCGCCUCAAGCACCACAUGGCCCAGACACAACUUCGCCCUCACAUCAACAUGUGGAAUAGACCCCUGCAUCUUGGGAGUGAAGGUGGUGUUCUCAGUGGUGCAUGUGAAGUGAUGAAUCCCGAGGACUUCCAGCUGCUAGUCAUUCCAUUCACCCAAACUGCGCCUGUGGACGGCAGACCCCCCCUCCUUCCCCCAGGUCUUCCUCAUGAGUUUGCUAAGAGUGUAGAAGAAGCUGGAAAAUGUGUGUCUAGUUUCCGGGCAGAAGUCAGGGAUGCAGACUUGACGCCGGAGCAAAGAGCCAUUCUGCAAAAGGCUAUCGAUGCAAGAUUCAAGGCUUGGCUGAGAGAUACCGGUAAACAGCGUGAACUUGAUCAACUAGAAAAACUUGCUUUAACACUGAAAUAUGAAAGAGUAGCCAAAACUACAGCAAUUUAAAGAUAUUGAUGAAUAUACUUUACGUAAAUAUAUUUAAAGGUUUUAAUUAUAUAUAAUGCCAUACAAGCAUUAAUGAUUAAUGGAAAAUCUGCAAUAAGCCCCCAGUGAUUUUAGAAUGGAAUUUCAACAUACAAUUUGAUUUUAAUUUCUUAUACUCAAAAUAUGUAAAAUAUGUUACCAUGUUAAGGAAAACAAUAAAAAGUAAAAGUUUG